AACCAUCUAUCUAUGAAAUUAUUCAAUAAUCCCAAAUAGGCAAAUUGAAAACAUGCCGCAUUUCUUGGCGGCGGCAUCGAUGACGCUAGUUCAUACUUCUCCAGAAUUUGACUCCAACUCUCAGUCAAUCAUUCAGAUCAGUAUAUUCUCAAUAAACAACGUUUCGAAAACAGUAACGCCUGCCUUGAUUAUGAAGACUAAACCUGGGAAAUGAAAUAUCAUCGUUCGUCACAGCGUUCCUCAGACAUCAAGCUUAUUCCAUGUUUAGCCUCACGAUUUAUCCAAAAUAUCGACAGAAUUAAUCAAGGGCAAAUCUCUCUCAAUGGCGCAAAAGGCUAAUACCGAGCGUACCCUCCGCAAUUGCCAAAUCUUUGAUCCCUGGAAUACCUCAUCCACAGGCCAUCAGCGCGCCGACAACCCCUACUCCAACACAACCGAUUGGCAGACUACCCGGCGCGAGAAACUAGCGCGACAGUUUCGUGGGGUGGAUGAUGGUGUCGUGACUGUUAUGAAUAUGUAUUUUGAUCCUGCGGAAGAUACUCAUGGUGCUGCUGGAGGUAGUGUGGAGGAAGCUGGUGGGAACGGGCGAGGUGAAUGGCAGUGGAUAUCGGCGGAAGAGGCGAGGAGAUAUGAGCGGCGGAACGAGUUGGGCACUGCGGAUAUCAGACAGUAUAUGGGGGGCGUGAACAAGAGUGCUAGUAUGUGCAGCAGCAGCACAACUGCGGAGAUGGGCAAGAAGGUCUCGAGUAGCAGCUCGAAUACUGCAGAAAAGCCGCCAGGCAACAAACAACUCAUCACCACGACAUCAGACCGCACGAAACUUGUCUACUCUACAUCAGCUCCAAUAAAAGCCAAGGAGAAGAGAACGCAGGGGAUCUUUCACUCCCUGACAUUCUUCAUCAACGGCUCAACUUACCCGCUCAUCUCAGACCACAAACUCCGCCAACUCGUCGCCGAACAAGACGGGGCGAUAGCACUCAGUCUUGCGCGACGAUCCGUAACACAUGUUAUAAUCGCCAUGCCGCCUAAUUCAUCCGCCAAAUGUAGAAGUGUCGGUGGCGGGGGGUUGGCGGCUUUGAAGUUGGAGAAGGAGAUACGAUUGACAAAAGGGGGUGGAAAGGGGAUUAGGUUUGUAGGUGUUGAGUGGAUUAUCGAAAGCGUCAAGGCUGGUAAGAGGUUGCCGGAGGCGAGGUUUGCUGUUCCGGGUGAGAAUGGUGGUGGGAAGAAUGACAGUGGUGGUAGUCAUGGGCUGGUAGGAGCGUCAAGUGGGCAAAGGAGUGUUUAUGGGAUGUUCAAGGUAGCGAGUUGAAAUUAUACAGUCGACUAUUGCAUGUAUAGCACAGGAAUACGUAGCGUUCGAGGCGAUGGGUGGUUUUUUGAUUUAUAGCAUGGACUGGUGAUAGAGCAAGC